AUGGACGAGGAGAGUCGACCCUUCACGGCGUUUGUGACCCCGUACGGCUUGUACGAAUGGGUACGUAUCCCCUUCGGCCUUAAGAACGGACCGCCAGCAUAUCAGCGGCACAUGGAGGAAGUGUUAGAAGGUCUCAGCCACGUGAUCUGCGAACCCUACAUGGAUGAUACCGUGGUUCAUAGUGCGAAACAUGUCGGCAUAUCAAAGAGAGAGGACUUGCAGUCGGCCAUUCAGCGAGCUCGCCUGGCUCGUGAAGUUCGAGACUUAGAGGCAGACCUGCGGGCGCUGCAGCUCGACAUCACCAGCGGCAAGCCAAGCAACACUCCGCCAGCGGCUCCAGUAUCGCAGCUACCAGGCGCCACACCGCCCGUACCGCCACAGACUACGGCAGACCAAACGCCGCCGCCGCCUGUACAAACCACGGCAGACCAAACGCCGCCGCCGCCUGUACAGAUCACGGCGGACCAAACGCCUCCACCGCCAGCACAGGAACUGGUCGCCACCACCUCUGAUGGCACUAAAUUGCUCAUAUCUAUGGGGGAAAAGAAGCCAGCGUUAAAGAACGUGAGCGUGAGCCAGUGGGCGAUCACCAACACCAAAAUAAUGUAG